AUAGUUGUUUUUUGUGGAUAAAAUUAUUGAUUCAAGAUUGUCAGAAAUGUUGGCGGACAUAAGUUGAAGUUUCGCUUUCCUGUGCCAAUUAAACAUGUUGAAAUUAAUGAACAAUCUGAGCUCGGAGUCAUAUGUUCGAAAAAUACACGCGAUAACCUAGAAUAGAUUGGAAUGGAUAGCUUAUUUAACGUUUAACAACGAAGCGUUAACGCACGCUAGCGAUUGGUAUAGACGACAAUAAAAUGUCGGUAUUGUAUCUGGCAUAAUUAUAGAUACUGCGCGUGACAUGCUUCGUAUUAGCUUGGAUAUUACGUGUCUCACAGGUUAAAUCGCAACAUCCCGCAUGUUUCGUCCGAUGCUCUGUCUGAUGCAACAAUUACUGUCGAUGAAUAUUUAAGAUAAAAACAAGAAUAGAUUUUAUCCCUGGACAGCCUUAUUCUUCUAUAAAAAAACAUCUUUAUAGUUUAAGCUGUAAUAAGAAGGAAAGCAGAGCUUCUAUACGAUGACCCAAUUGGAAUUGGAUCCUCAGUUUACACAAGGAUUGCGCCUUUUGCAUUCCACCAACAAAGACUCUGCAGAACAGCUGCGAGCUUUGUUAGACGAAGCAAUCAAACAAAAAUAUGGACCAUCCAAGAUGCUGCUUAAUGUACUACAUAAAAAGUAUAUGAUGGAAGAACCAGUAUUGAGUGAUCACAGUAGUAGCAGUAGCAGCAAGAAAAGUAAGAGUUCAAGCUCAUCCAAGCACUCGAGUAAAUCAAGCAAAAAUAGUUCACCUGUCAAUCUACCAACACGUGAUACACCACCAGACAUACUGCAGACAGAUGACACACUAGCGAUGGAAAUUUUAAAUGAUGAUCUGACAUGUGUCAUUUGCAAGGGAAUGGAUGUCGGGGCAAGAAAUAGACUUGUAGAAUGCUUGGAGUGUCAUUCUUUAUAUCAUCAGGAAUGCCAUGUCCCACAUAUUUUAGAUUCACAGAUAGAUGUGCCGAGACAAGUGUGGUACUGCUCCAACUGUUCCAAGUCUCAGAUCUCUAAAGAAAGAAGCUCACCAAAGACUGUGAUAGAGACCAAAUCGAAAGAACAGAAGAAACCCAGCUCAAGUAGCACAUCUAAGGUGAAUACACCAAAUAUUAACAUUAUAAGUGCGGAUAGAAGAUUGAAAGACAUGAUAAAGAAAGCUAAACAAGACAAACGAAACACAAGUACUGCCACGAGUUCAAAGGGCUCUUCAUCCAAUUCGCCUGCGUUAUCCUCAGCGAAGUCUUCUCAGGAUAAAUCGUUAUUAUAUAAGAUAAAGUCAGGAAUGGAGUAAACCUUCCUUGAAAAGAGAACACCAAAAUGAAAUUGAUUAAAUGUGCAAUUAAUCAGUUUUCAAAAAUAACCUGCAUAUCCAUUCUUUUUCUUUAUUAAUAACGGAAUUAUUGUUUAGUAGAUUUUGUCGAUGUGGAAGAAAGGGCGACAAUCUUUCGUAUUACUUUUUAUGAAUAUAUUUACUUAUGAUGAAUAAGUAAGAAUUGUGUCUCUUUAUGACAAAGACAAAAGUCCUAAGUAGACGAUAUCACUAUAUAGUAUGUAUUUAUAUUGAAGUUUAAUCUCGAAUUACAUUCAAUCGACAUUAGUACAAUUGGGCCUUUGUGUAGUGUCUGAAUUUCUUACUGUCUAUAAAUACAAUUCCAUAUUAUACAAUUUAUUAAUAAUUGUACAAACGUGCCAUGUAAAUUUGUUAUCUUUAAGCUUUCGCAUUAUUAUUACAAAAAUAUUAAGUAUGUAGAAAAUAAUGACAUAAUAUUACUAUCGCUAAUAAUUAUUACACACGUAAUAUCGUUCGUAAUACAAGUCUGCGUUGACAUAUAGUUUUAAUGUAAAUAUACAAUAGAUCAUUUUUUAAUACCUUUUUAUUGAGAUAUAUUUAUAAAAGGAAAGCGAGAUAAAAUUAUACAAACUUCACAUAUCUCGAGAGAUUGCGUGUUAAUUGUACUGUAUAUCGCAUAUACACAAUUUCGUUAUCGAAAUCAACUCGUACCAAGUACGCUGAUUCUUUCUUCCUUCUUUUUUUCUUUUUUUUUUACCGGCGUAACAAUACACGUCGAUCGACGCCGGUCGAUCUUUUUCACGUAGUCAAGAUGCACAGUGGAAAACUAUAACGCGCGUCAAGUACGUACUACUGUAUACAAGAUAUACAUGUAAACACUCUCGUGUGCCCGCGAAUGCGACAGGAGUGUGGCAGAGUUGCGAAAAAUUGCAAAUUAACGUGACGAUACGCGAUACGA